AACUCGUUCAUCCGUGUAGCGGACAAUUUCUUCCGGCACCGUCUGGCAAUUCAAAGCUUAGUUAGCUUGGGAAGUAAUCUUUCCUGCUUUCGGGUCGGAUCUUUUUGGGAGCGGUGUCGUGGUUUUGUGGCAAAUUCCAGGUGAUCUUGUCGAGUGGAGGACAGAGGAUUUGAAGCUCUCGCUAUUUCUUGGGGAUUGGGGGUAGUGGUAGUGGCGGAAGGUGGAAGGUAGUGGUGGAGUGGGAAGGAAGAAUUCGAGGGACCAGCAUGUGGAGGCAUUGAGGAUUGUAUGGCACCAUCGCGAGGGGAGGAAGGAGGAGAACUAAGCGGAGGAGGAGGAGGAGGAGGAGAAGAAGGAGCAGAGGAGCAGGAGAUGGUGUCAGGGGAAGAGGGUUCCUCCUCCUAUGCUUCUUCAUAUGAUGCGUCAAGCUCCGAGGAGGUGGAGCGGAACUGGAAGCAGAAUGCCCUCGUGGCUGCCAAGCUUUGGUUCGCUGGAUUCCAGGACGCGUGUUGCUUGAACCGGGCCUACUUGUGUUGCCGGAGGUCAAAAAGGGUGUUGAAGAAAACAGGACAGUGCUUUGUGCUCAAUGGGAUCGCCUUCCUUGGCAGCAUUUUGAUACUACGGAAGUUGGUGUCACCAUUGUUGCGAUGGCUGUUAAACGCUCUGCUGCACAACAAGGACUCGAGUAGCCUGCUCUCUGGGCUUCUUGCAAAUUUUAUCAUUGGUAGCUUCUACUUGUUCUGGCUGUAUCCUCUCUACAUCGCAAGCUUUGUCUUGAACUGUCUGUGGUACAACGAAAUUGCUUCUCAUGGUUUUGAUACUAUAAAAAGGCAAGCAAGUGGGCCAAGUGCUGCACCAGGGACUUCAGACAACGGGAAAAGCCCUAGAGCCAGUCGUGGUAAAAGUAACUCCGCGAUCGAAAGCCUAGUGCUGGGGAUCGGGGAACAGAUCUAUUCGGUCAUCAUGCUAAGUGUAUUUUUUGUUCAGGUGUCUCUACUGAGCUACCUUCCUGUUGUUGGUCAGCUGUUAAAGUUCGUACUUAUGUCGUGGCUAUAUGCAUACUACUGCUUUGAUUACAAGUGGGGUCUUAGUCGUUGGAGUCUUGAAAAGCGUCUACUGUUCUUUGAAAGCGAUUGGGCUUUCUUUGCAGGCUUUGGGAGUCCAUGUGUGUUAGCCACGUUCUUCCUUUCUCCCCUUGUUGGUGGUGGAGUAAUGGCCGUGGUUUUCCCAAUCUUUGUGUUGGUCGCUACUGCAUCUGAUCCGGAGGCAGCAGUCAAUGAUUGCUUGGGCGGAAAGAAGAGCGGCCUACCACGUCUUCCUCUCUUCCACAUUGCCAACAAAAUAUCGGUUCCACUAGUUCGUUUUCUCCAAACAUAUUGGUCCGCUUCAGCAGCGAAGAAAAAGAUCCAAUAACACACGAACUCGCUACAAAAGGGUGUCAGUUAUUUUGAAACGAUCGUGUUCUAGUUUGUUUGAGGUAGUAUGGUAUCUUCAGUUGAUACACAGGUAGAGUUGCCCACUUUUGUUGUCAAGUUUAUGAGCAGAGCACACUUGCUUGUGACUGUCUCGUCCGACAGACAACAUAUUUGAUAACUUUUGUAUAUAUUUGUUAAUUUAUUUAACCAACAAACUACGGUUCUGCUCU